CAUACAACAGUAUAAAAACAAUCUAUAACAAAAUUAAUCCUAAAAAAACUAAAUAAAUAACAAAAAUUAUAAACGAAUAGUAAAAUAUAUACAAAAAAUAAUAAUAAUAAUUUAAAUUUAGUAGCAAUUAGACCCUCAGACAAAACUCCUCUACCAAGCUGAACAACAGUUUAGCAAGGUAGAGAGGAAAAAGGCAAGAGGCAUCAAUACACUUAAGCGCUAAUCAUAACUCGUUUCCAACCGAGCGAAUGUAGCUACUACAAGUAUAGCAAAAAAAUCCUUAAAAAAGAAAAAAUCAAUAAAAUUAUGUACUAAAUGGAAAAUAAACAACCAUAAAAAUGGCCCCCAGCCAAUAACUAAAAAGAAAUAACAAAAUAUAACCCGCGACCAGAAACUCAAUGAACAGACAAAUAUUCAAAACACCUCUUCUUGUACAUAUCAAAAGAACAGGUAAAAUUACGCAGGGCCAGAGGGAGCUGAUUCCACAAUCUCGCAACUCUCACAACAAACGCCUUCUCACCAACUACAGACGAAAGUUCUGAAAUAGACUUUCUUCAGUCUUGUAAAAAUUUGUAAAAUUUUGUAAUAUAGUACUUCCGGUACUGGAGCACAACAUAUUUUGGUGUAUAAUGCCACUUUGAAUAUAAAGGGAACUAUUUGAACUAAAUACACGAACGGGGUUUCAAUAGUUCGAUUGCUCCUUUCACAGAAUAUUUUUUUAUUUGAACUUUACAAUUCCCGAACAACACAACUCUAAUAAUUACUAGAACAAACAGCUGUUGCGGCGUGUUGCCUCUUCCACUUUCUAUACAUUUCGGCGUAUUCGGCGUGUUGCCCUUUUCUUCAUUCGCAACUCUUUGUGUAUUGGUGUAUACUUGUACAAAGUUGUUGAUGUGUUUGGGUACAGAGUACACAGAAACAAAGCGCGCCGCCGCCGAUUAGUCUACACCUGAUAAGACGCCGCCGCUGCCGAAAAAAGGGUUCCACUCCGUUGUCUAAUUAUUAGUAUUUGUAAGAAUUUUUGCAAAAAUUGCAAAAUAUUUCCGAAAAGAUUUGAUAUAUUUAAUAUCGUCGAGGAGAAUUGUAGCAAAAUAAAGUAUUGGAAAAACUUCAACAUUUAACAGUCUGUGCAUGUAAAGUGAAUUCUUAUUGGAAAUAAAACAAUUUGUGCGUUUCUGGUAUACGAGACGAAAGCGAUACAAACAAUGAGCGGAAAAGUGGAAUAAAUAAAACAAAAACAGUAUUAUCUAUCGCUCGCAAGAGGAAUUUAUUUGCUCUGAACGGUUCCAUUGGCCUAGUGUUUGGUGGAAUUUGUCGGGAAGACUUGUCAUGUGUUAAUUAUAUGUCCCUUAACAACAAACGACACAUCCGAUCUUUUGUUGCUAUGAAUGCUGCUGUAAGUGUUUAUGUAAACGCAGCUAAGCUGGUGCUCCAGACCACGGAACUAUCAUCCGCCAAUUCCAGCACCAAUAACGAGUUGCCCCGGCAAUUGUUGAAUCUACGACAGCUGCUUUCAUGUGUUGUUUGCUGUCGUUUGGCAACAGAUCCUUUCUCACCCAGCCAUGGACACUGCAACCACAGUGUGUGUCGCCUUUGUAUACGUGGUCAGAAGAAUCUGAGUCCAUCGUGCGUUCAUUGUCGCGAAAAUCGGGACUAUAAGACCUAUGAAGAGAAUAAACAGCUGCGAUGUUUGUUGGUCUGUUACAAAAGUCUAUGCGAACACUUACGUAGCAGUCAUAUAUUUCCCCAAUUAGCAGGACGAAAAUUGCUGCAGUUUAAUGUAAUGUCACCCACGUUAAGUAUGCCACAAAUGUCUUUGCAAGAUUUGAUUGUUGAAGGAGCCAGUUAUGAUGACAUUAUGUCAAGCUUUUCAAAAGACUUGCCCAAGCCACAAGUUUCAUAUGCACCUAACAACCCUCACCCAAAGCAGCAGCCACAAAUGCCGGCAUUGGUGGUGCCACUAUCAACCACAGCCGCCACACCAUUAGCUCCCCUGCAGCAAAACAUCAAAUGUUCUGGUGUAACUCAGUCAACAGCGCCCAAGGCGUCAACACCGCCAACCUCAGCUAGCGGACCAAUUUCCAAUCUACCCCAAACUCACGUACCAAAAAUUAAAGUCGAGACAACUUCGCCAACCUUUAAGCCUUUAUCACAUUUGUCAGCUCCCGCAAAUCACGGCUCAACGCCAGGUCCGCAACAGAGUUCCAAUACAACAACAUAUAACCAUCCUCAACUAAUUCAACUAAAUCAGCUUAAAAAUGCUGGUAACAUUACAUACAUUGGUCCUAACACUAGGGGCAUCGUAGUGCCCAUUGUUUCUUCUUCCGGUACAACCACAGUGCCACUCUCUAUAGCAUCAGCUAGAUUACAGACACUCAAUAGACAGCUUGCUCAAGCAAGGGCUUUGCAAGUAGUUUCCUCGGCAACUACACCCACUGCGACAAAUACACAACAAUCGUCCGUGUCUUCUUCUGCCACAGACGUAAAACCCCAAUUGGCCACAUUUAAGGUUUCCUUGGCGCCAACGCAGUUGGCAAAAACAGUUCCUUCACUGAAUACGUCCUCCUUGCGCACAUCUGCCCCUACAGCCACCACUACAUUGACAAAUGCAUUUACAACCGCUACCGUAACAUCGCAAAUUCGCAAUCCUCCUGCCAUUAAAACAGUUUCCAAUGGUUCUGCAAUGUACUCUGUGCUAUAUACAGGAAUUGGCAAUAAAAUUACCAUCAAGAGGAAAACAGAUGGUGAUGAAGAUGUGGCCCAAAAGAAAAAUGUCUCGACAUCAGCUCCCAAUGCCACCAUUUUGCGACCCAUAUCGAAAACCAUUAAUAAGAAGAGAGGAUGCCGCUGUGGCAAUACCACAUCCACUCCUGGCAAAUUGACUUGUUGCGGUCAACGUUGUCCCUGUUACGUGGACUCAAAGUCAUGCAUAGGCUGUAAAUGUCGUGGAUGCCGUAAUCCCCAUCGUCCAGAUGGUAUGAAAGUACGACCUGUGAUACCAGAACUUGCCUGUUAUGAAAUACAAAUGGCAGACGAUCAUGGAAAUGUCAAUGAAUUGCCGAUAGCAACCAGCUCCACUAGGUUGGCGCCACCUACAAAUGGGGAAGCCAACGAAACAGUGGCAUCUCCAGCAGCAACCACACCACUUAAUAUGAAGCCAAGUUUUGAAGGCGCAGCUGCAUUAGUUAGCAGAAAUGUGCAAGUGACUCCUCGUAGCAGUCCUCUGCCUAAUACAACAACUAACACGGUGUCUGUACAACACACGCCCAAUGUGACGCAGGCGUCCUUAAGCUCAUCUACAACAUCGGUAGCAUCGACAAUAUCAACAACACCGGGUAAUAUUGUCCAAUUAGAUCAAAUGCAAAGGGAAUCUCUACUUAUACAAAAUGCAGAAGGAAAAUUUCAAGUUGUUAAUUUGUUUACAACGGGUACAUCACAAUCCGCAAAUCAAGUACCAGGACUGCAAAUGCUUCAGUCACUACCUCAAGCUGUGGUUUCAGUUUCCGGAAGCAACAAUUUUAUUUUGCCCUCAACAAUAAGUACAACUGCCCAACAUGCAAGUUCACCAGUAGCUACAGCAUCAUUGCCACUUAUUUUACAAAACCAGCAACAACAUCAGCCACAAAUAUUUCAACAACAACAGCAGCAUCACCAAGCCUUGACUUCCCAAAGAAUAUCCACGGGCACGUUACCUUUGCAGCUGCAACAACAAUUAAAACAAAAUAUAAUAACAGUUCAUACAAUAGGUUCCAACGCAAAUGCUAACACUUCACCAGCUUCUGCAUCAGUUUUAACUCCUUCCUCGUCACCCGCCCCCACCACAGCCACCCUUACCUUAGCUCCAAUGAUGAUCAGCAACCCCCAGACUCAGACCGCCAAUAGCACUACAACAGAAAUCCUGGAGAAUUGUGGUGAAAUGAGUCAGCAUUAUACAAAUCUCGUCGUAACGUCUUCUAGUGCAGCUUCGGGAAGAGAUGUUACAUCGCUGCCAGUUGUAUCAUUGGGAGGUGGCGGUACAAUUACCCAUCGUAAUACCACAAUAAAUCUGAAGUCCUUAGGUAGUCCCAAUACAUGAGUAAAUGCGUAAUUUUCGUGUCUCAAACAAAAAUUAUACAAAUUUUACUCCCACCCACAAUUCAGUUUGUUGUUAACAUAUCAAAGCCAGUGUUUCCUUUUUGUUCGACACAGUCUUACCGUCACCUAAAACCCCUAAGUAUUUUUCUGUUACAAAAAAAAAAAAAAACACACACACACGCAGACACCGUACCAGAUGCAUUUAAAAUUUUCAUUUAACAUAUGUUCCCGCAUGAAAGUGUUUUGUGGUGACUGCAAAGGGGAAUUGACGGAAAAAUGGAUUUUAUGUUUUAUUUUAAUAAAACAUCCCAGUCUAGCACAUAUACGUACACAUAUUUAUAUAAAGUAAACACACACAUGAAUAUAUAUAAUAUCAAUGUUAGGCAUUAGUUUUUCUCCAAGGAUCGUACAUAGUUGUUUCCAUGAUCUACACAAACCUACUAUAGAUAAUAAUUCAAACCACGUUUAUGUGACUUAUACAUAUGUGUAUCACAUAUACUCGUAUGUGUCUACAUACGAUAACGUGAAGAUUGAAAUAUAUCUAUGGAAGAGUUAUGUGUACGACAUAUAAGCGGUUAUGUAUUGUAUUUCAAACUGUAUACAUCAAAACAUUACAUUUAGGGCUCGAAAACCAAUGGUGAAAGUAUUCAAAAACGGAAACAAAGUAGAUUUUUCCCCAUUAUUUAAUCUCAACAUCAAAUUCAUAGAAUCUAGAACUAAAUUAGAUUUAAUAAUUUUUAUAUAUUUUUGUCGUAAAGAGAAUUAUUAUCUUAACUGGAUAUUAGCAUGCGUUUUAUGGGUUUUUAGUUUUAAUUUGAACGUAAGACCAGGUCUUAAGCAUCGAUCUGUUUUAUUUUUAUUUAAUUAUUCGCUUUAAAUAUUUUACGACUGCAAAUUUCCAAUCUAUUUAAAUAAGUGUUGCUUAUUACGUUUAAGUAUUUAUAAAUUUAAUAUUGAAAAGGUAAACAAAAGAAAUGUAUAUGAAAUUUUUCAUAAUAAAACGAAAUAUUUAUUAAAAUAAUGAAAACAACAAAAAAAACGAUGUACAUUUGGAUAGUGUUCAGUUAACUAUUAAGAGAUUACGUACGAAUGCAAUAAAUAACAAUUAUUUCCAUUAGAACCAAUAUUAAAAACCAAUAAUAACAAUAAAUUUUAGAAAAAAAUGU